AUGGCUCCUAAGAAGAAGGAACAGCAGAAGAUGUCCCUUGGGGACUUUCUGGCUGACAGUUUUGGUGGUGGAAGCUCUUGGGCUGAUGAGGUAGAGGAGACCUAUGUCACUGGCACUCAGGCCCUGCCCCCGAGCGACCGCCCUCGUUACAACAACAACUCUUCCUCCAGUUGGCAAGAUCGGGGCUUCUCUGUCCGCGAGGCCGCGCCUCAGCAGAUCCCUGACAAGCCUCCCUAUACCGCUCACCUGGGAAACCUGGCUUAUGAUGUUACCAACGAUGCCGUGAACGAUUUCUUCACCGGCUGCGACGUCGUCAGCGUCCGUCUCAUCGAGGACCGUGAGCUUCAACGACCCAAGGGUUUCGGCUAUGUUGAGUUUGCCAGCGUUGAGGGCCUGAAGCAGGCUCUUGCUCUCGAUGGAGAGUCGUUCCAAGGACGUACUGUCCGAAUCAAGGUUGCUGAUCCUCCCCGCGGAGGUGAUCCUGGCAGAGGAGAUUCUAUUCGGGAGCUGGGAGACUGGACUCGCAAGGGUCCUCUGCCCGAUGCUCCCUCUCGAGGUGGCCCCCGGGAGUUUGGCGAGCGCCGACCUCCCCGUGACCCCGCCUCCUUUGAGAGCCGUCCCGCGCGCGAGCUGACCUGGGAGCGACACGGACCUUUGGCCCCCCUUCCUGCCCAGGAGGGCUCCGGCUCCCGAGACGGCAGCCGUCCUCGCCCCUCCCCCGAAGGACUUGGCGAGCGAAGUGAGUCUUACCGUGGAAACCGCCGUGACUCGCCCGCCUGGGGUGAGGCCCGUGAGGGUGGCUCGCGUCCUCCUCGCGCUGAGCGUCCUGAGCGCCCCGAGCGCCCCGAGAGAGUCGCCACGGCCGCCGAGAAGGACAUGCAGUGGCGGGACCGUAUGCGCCCUGAUGCUAAGCCUACCUCUCCUGAUGGCAGCGCUCCUCCCUCGCCUGCUCUGUCAAACGCCGGCCCUGCUCACGGUGGACGCCCUCGCCUGAACCUGCAGAAGCGAACUGUUUCCGAGGCCCCCGAUGCUGCCUCGCCCUCUCUGGGCUCCGAUGCCAAGGCCAGCCCCUUCGGCGCUGCUCGCCCCAUCGACACUGCCGCAAGGGAGAAGGAGAUUGAGGAGAAGCGUCAACAAGCUGUCCAGGAGAAGCGUGAAGCCGAUGAGAAGGCCAAGGAGGAACGACGCAUCGCCAAGGAGGCUGCUGCCAAGGCUGAGGCUGAGGCCGCUGAGGCCGCUGAGGCUGAGGCUGCUGAGGCGGCCAAGGCAGCGGAGCCUAAGGAGGAGCCUGCUGCCGAGGCUGAGGCUACUGAAUCAGCCAACGGCGAGCAGAAGGUCCCUAUCCGAACCCGCGAGCCCCGUGAAGGUGCUGCCCCUCACCCCAAGUCGAGAGCCGCUGAGGCCUCAAGCUGGCGCUCUGCUUCUGGUGAUCAGCGAGGAUUCCGCGGGGGACCCGGUCCCCGGGGCGGACGUGGUGGUGGACGUGGUGCUCGGGACCCACGACCUCCCCGUGCCAACGGAGCUGCUGGUCAGCAGGCUUCUGGCGAUGCCGAAGCCGCAACUCCGACUACCGACGAGGACGGAUGGACCACGGUGCCCAAGAAGGGUCGCCAAGGACGUGCGGUGGCACCCUAG